CAGACCCUCUCCACCAUGAACCAGACCGAACUCCCUUUGGCACAGACCAAGCCCCACGGCGUCAGACCCCACAUCUGCUGCGCGCCCCCUCCCCGCGCCCCCACUUCUCUCGGCAGUACCCCCCUCCUGGGCAGAGCCGAGCCCCGACCGCGGGGGGCGCGGCCGAGCCAGCCCACGCACAGCGAGCCCUGCGCAGCGGAGCGGGGCCGAGACAGUCCCCGGGAGCCCACCGAUGCGUACCCGUCGGAGCCAGCCCCCGACGGCGGCUGGCUGAGCGCCGACGAGUCCUCGGGCUACGAGAGCGAGAGCACGGGCGGGGACCGUGCCGCGGCGGCGGCGGGCGGGACCCGCGGGCGGCAGCGACGGGCACGGACCGCCUUCACCUCGGAGCAGGUCUGCCGGCUGGAAAAGACCUUCCAGCGCCAGAAGUACCUGGGAGCCUCGGAGCGGAGGAAGCUGGCGGCUGCCUUGCAGCUCUCGGAGAUCCAGAUCAAGACCUGGUUUCAGAACCGGAGGAUGAAACUGAAGAGGCAGAUACAGGACCACCAGCACAGCCUUGUGUCUCCUGCUCCACUCUACAGCUACCCCCCAGGGACCCCACCAGCCCUGUUUCAGGAUGGCCUCCACUACCACUUUGCUCCACAGCACCAGAGACUCCUGCCUUUUACCGCUGUGCCUGCUGUGCAGUUCAGCUUCUCCUUUCCCAGAUACAAUGCAUCACAAAGCACCUACUGCUUUAUGGCAAAUGAGCUGCCAUACUACCAUCAGCGUUUUCUUCCUCAUCCUUCUUUCCAUCCAGUUAUCCAGAACAAAAUGGACAAGCAGUGCCACCCCCUAUAUGCAUUAUAG